AUGCGUUUCGACAUCUUCGCCCCAGUCACCAUUGUUGGGCUCGCUUCUCUCGCUCUUGCUGCCGAACAACAGCCAGAGGUUAACGCUCGAGACUCCACCUCCUUCGGUCGUCCACGUGAUCUCAAAGAGGUUGGUCUCGAAACUCGUCUCUUUAAAAAUCAUGUCAAGCAUGGCGGCAAGGGUGGUAAAGGAAAGCGUGAUCUCGAGGCUCGCCUUUUUAAAAAUCAUGUCAAGAAUGGUGGAAAGGGUGGUAAAGGAAAGCGUGAUCUUGAGAUUCGCCUCUUUAAAAACCAUGUCAAGAAUGGCGGAAAGGGUGGCAGGGGAAAGCGUGAUCUUGAGAUUCGCCUCUUUAAAAACCAUGUCAAGAAUGGCGGAAAGGGUGGCCGGGGAAAGCGUGAUCUUACGACUGAAUAG